AAGUGCAAGUUACCCGCAGAGCACAGAGGAUCAGAGCCCUUCCACGGUCCUCUCCGUGGGAGCCCGAGUCCCUGUCUCCCAGAUCUUACGUGCUCAAGAAGCUGUUCUGGAAAUCAAGUAAAGCCUGUGAAGAGACUGCACCCAGCCCCAGUGGUAUUACAAGAAGAGUCAAGCAAGGACUUUGGUCCUCGAUUCUACUGGCCAGCCAAGCCUAAAUGUGAUGGCUGUGCCACCCAGGCCUCUACAGCUGCUGGGAAUACUGUUCAUCAUUUCCCUGAACUCUGUCAGACUCAUUCAGGCCGGUGCCUACUAUGGAAUCAAGCCUCUGCCACCUCAAAUUCCUCCUCAGAUACCACCACAAAUUCCACAGUACCAGCCCUUGGGCCAGCAAGUACCUCACAUGCCUUUGGGCAAAGAUGGCCUUUCCAUGGGCAAGGAGAUGCCCCACAUGCAGUAUGGCAAAGAGUACCCACACCUACCCCAAUAUAUGAAGGAAAUCCCACCUGUGCCAAGAAUGGGCAAGGAAGUGGUGCCCAAAAAAGGCAAAGGAGAAGUACCAUUAGCCAGUUUGCGCGGAGAACAAGGUCCCCGUGGAGAACCUGGACCAAGAGGACCACCUGGGCCGCCAGGUUUACCAGGUCAUGGAAUGCCUGGAAUCAAAGGAAAACCAGGGCCCCAGGGAUAUCCAGGAAUUGGAAAGCCCGGUAUGCCUGGAAUGCCUGGGAAGCCAGGAGCCAUGGGAAUGCCAGGGGCAAAAGGCGAAAUUGGACCCAAAGGGGAAAUCGGACCUAUGGGAAUCCCAGGGCCACAAGGGCCUCCAGGACCUCAUGGACUUCCUGGCAUCGGGAAACCGGGUGGGCCAGGGUUACCAGGGCAACCAGGAGCAAAAGGUGAGAGGGGGCCCAAAGGACCACCAGGACCUCCCGGCCUUCAGGGUCCCAAAGGAGAGAAGGGCUUCGGGAUGCCUGGCUUGCCAGGUCUGAAGGGUCCUCCAGGUAUGCAUGGCCCUCCUGGACCAGUUGGACUACCGGGAGUAGGAAAACCAGGAGUGACAGGCUUUCCUGGACCACAGGGUCCCCUGGGGAAGCCAGGGCCUCCAGGGGAACCCGGACCACAAGGCCUUAUUGGUGUGCCAGGAGUUCAAGGACCUCCUGGGAUGCCUGGAGUUGGAAAGCCAGGUCAGGAUGGGAUCCCGGGCCAACCAGGAUUUCCGGGUGGUAAAGGAGAACAAGGAUUGCCAGGGUUGCCUGGACCCCCAGGCCUCCCAGGGGUCGGAAAGCCAGGUUUCCCAGGACCCAAAGGGGACCGGGGUAUUGGGGGUGUUCCUGGGGUUCUUGGGCCAAGAGGAGAAAAAGGACCCAUAGGUGCUCCCGGAAUGGGGGGUCCACCUGGAGAGCCAGGCCUACCCGGUAUCCCGGGUCCCAUGGGCCCUCCAGGUGCUAUUGGUUUCCCUGGACCCAAAGGAGAAGGUGGAGUUGUAGGACCACAGGGUCCACCAGGUCCCAAGGGAGAGCCUGGCCUCCAAGGCUUCCCUGGGAAGCCAGGUUUUCUUGGUGAAGUAGGUCCCCCUGGCAUGAGGGGUUUGCCCGGUCCUAUAGGACCCAAGGGAGAAGGUGGUCACAAAGGGUUGCCAGGGCUUCCCGGUGUUCCAGGGCUGCUUGGACCCAAAGGAGAACCUGGCAUACCCGGGGAUCAGGGUCUACAGGGUCCCCCAGGGAUUCCAGGGAUUGUGGGACCUAGUGGCCCUAUUGGACCCCCUGGGAUUCCGGGCCCCAAAGGAGAACCAGGCCUCCCAGGGCCCCCUGGGUUCCCAGGUGUAGGGAAGCCAGGAGUAGCAGGACUUCACGGGCCCCCGGGAAAACCUGGUGCCCUUGGGCCUCAAGGCCAGCCUGGCCUUCCUGGGCCCCCCGGUCCUCCAGGGCCCCCAGGCCCUCCAGCUGUGAUGCCUACACCAUCCCCCCAGGGAGAGUAUCUGCCAGAUAUAGGACUAGGAAUUGAUGGGGUGAAACCUCCACAUGCCUAUGCGGGCAAAAAGGGCAAGCACGGAGGGCCAGCCUAUGAGAUGCCUGCGUUUACUGCCGAGCUGACUGUACCUUUCCCACCGGUGGGGGCCCCAGUGAAGUUUGACAAGCUGCUCUACAACGGCAGACAGAACUACAAUCCGCAGACGGGCAUCUUUACCUGUGAAGUCCCGGGUGUCUACUACUUUGCUUAUCAUGUUCACUGCAAGGGAGGCAACGUAUGGGUUGCUCUCUUCAAGAACAACGAGCCCAUGAUGUACACAUACGACGAGUACAAGAAGGGCUUUCUGGACCAAGCAUCUGGAAGCGCAGUACUGCUGCUCCGUCCCGGAGACCGGGUGUUUCUCCAAAUGCCUUCAGAACAGGCUGCUGGACUCUAUGCUGGGCAAUAUGUCCACUCCUCCUUUUCAGGAUAUUUAUUAUAUCCUAUGUAAAAAAAAAAAACAAAAAAAAAAACAAGAGAAAAAA